CUGACCGUCCACGCGUGGGUCCUCCACGCCACCGCCGCCUCCCCCGGAGCCCCCAGCUGCCCCUCCGUCUGCUCCUGUAGCAACCAGUUCAGCAAGGUGGUGUGUACGCGGCGCGGCCUGGCCGAGGUCCCCCCCGGGAUCCCCUCCAACACCCGGUAUCUCAAUCUCAUGGAGAACAACAUCCAGAUGGUCCAAGCGGAUACCUUCCGGCACCUACACCACCUGGAGGUCUUGCAGUUGGGUCGGAACGCCAUCCGGCAAAUCGAGGUAGGGGCGUUCAACGGGUUGGCCAGCCUCAACACCUUGGAGCUCUUCGACAACUGGUUGACGGUUAUUCCCAGCGGGGCCUUCGAGUACCUCUCCAAACUGCGGGAAUUGUGGUUGAGGAACAACCCCAUCGAGAGCAUCCCGUCCUACGCCUUCAACCGCGUGCCCUCCCUCAUGCGCCUGGAUCUGGGCGAGCUGAAAAAGCUGGAAUACAUCUCCGAGGGAGCGUUCGAGGGGUUGUACAACCUCAAGUACCUCAACCUGGGGAUGUGCAACAUCAAGGAGAUGCCCAACCUGACGCCCUUGGUGGGGCUGGAGGAGCUGGAGAUGUCGGGCAACAACUUCCCCGAGAUCAAACCGGGCUCCUUCCACGGCCUCAAAUCCCUCAAAAAACUCUGGAUUAUGAACUCGCAGAUCAACGUCAUCGAGCGGAACGCCUUCGACGACUUGACGGCGCUGGUGGAGCUCAACCUGGCCCACAACAACCUCUCCUCCUUGCCCCACGACCUCUUCGCCCCGUUGCGGUACUUGGUGGAACUCCACCUCCACCACAACCCCUGGGACUGCGACUGCGACAUCCUCUGGUUGUCGUGGUGGUUGCGGGAAUACAUUCCCACCAACUCGACCUGCUGCGGGCGCUGCCAUGCCCCCCUGCACAUGCGGGGUCGCUUUUUGGUGGAGGUGGACCAGACCUCCUUCCAGUGCUCGGCGCCCUUCAUCAUGGACGCUCCCGCGGACCUCAACAUCUCCGAGGGGCGGGUGGCCGAGCUCAAGUGUCGGACUCCAUCCAUGUCUUCCGUUCGGUGGUUGCUGCCUAACGGGACGGUGCUGAGCCACGCGUCCAACCACCCGCGCCUCUCCGUCCUCAACGACGGCACCUUGAACUUCUCCCACGUCCUGCUGACGGACACCGGGGUGUACACCUGCAUGGUGACCAACGUGGCGGGUAAUUCCAACGCCUCGGCCUACCUCAACGUGAGCACGGCCGAGCUCAACACCUCCAACUACAGCUUCUUCACCACCGUCACGGUGGAGACCACCGAGAUCUCCCCGGAGGACAUCUCCCCCAAGUUCACCAAGCCCGUACCCACCACGGCGACGGGCUACCAACCGGCCUACACCACCACCACCACCGUUUUGGUCCAAACCACCCGGACGCCCAAACAGGUGCCGGUACCCACCGCCGACACCGGCGGCGACAAGACGCAAACCAGCCUGGACGAGGUGAUGAAGACCACCAAGAUCAUCAUCGGUUGUUUCGUGGCGGUGACGCUCUUGGCCGCCGCCAUGCUCAUCGUCUUCUACAAACUCCGCAAGCGGCACCAACAACGCAGCACCGUCACCGCCGCCCGCACCGUGGAGAUUAUCCAGGUGGAUGAGGACAUCCCGGCACCCGGCACCGGCGCCGGAGCAGGUGAGGGGGCCGUCGUGUUGCCCGCCGUUCGCGACCACGUCAACUACAACACCUACAAACCGGCGCACGGGGCCCACUGGACAGAGAACAGUUUGGCCAACUCCCUGCACCCCCCCCCGGGCACCACCCUCUCCGAAUCCUACGUCAUCCAGACCCACACCAAGGAAAAAGUCCAGGAAACCCAAAUAUGA